AUGGGAAGACACAGGGCAGCCAAGGUGGGUGUUACGUCCUCUGAAGAAACGAGAAAUGAUUUUCCAAAAAUCAUUCCCAAAAGAAACGGCCGAAAUUUUGAUGAUUCUGACGUUAAAAGCAGAAAGAAAAUAAAGAUUGAUAAGAUGGAAGAUCAAAGAGACAAAAGGUUGGCAAAGUUAAUAACUGAUUUUAACCUAAAUGUGAAUGAGUUAUUUCAGCUUAGAGAGUAUAAGUCAGUUGUAUACUGGAACCCGUUAGAUUUCUCUUUGGCAGCUGAACCAUCUCUGUCUGAAUUGUUCGAAGCUUUUCUCAAAAAUCAGAAAUAUAAUCUAACAUGGUAUCAGGAAGAUGACUAUGCUCAAAAGCUCAAGGAUUUGCCUUUAAGGCUCCAGAAGAAGGUUCUUGCAGAAAGAGACCAAAAAGUGGCUGAGACUUUUCCUUUCAGAGAGCGUGUUCUUGAAAUUAGCAAAAGUCAAGAGCUACAUCUCUUGAAGGAUGAGAAGAAAGACGAGGAAAAAAUGGAAACAUUGCAUAGCAACCAUACUAUGAAGCCUGAUAGAUCAGCAAAAUUCAUCUCGAGGCGAGAGAAGCAUUUUGAAGGAGGGGCAGACAAAUUACAACUCAAAGAAUGUGCUAACACGAACUAUAAAUUAAAAGCUAUUAAAUAUUCAAUUCCAGCUUCAAAGGUGACUCACCCUUCACAUAUUCCUAACUGGAUCCCUGGAAUACCUAAUGAUGGCGGAUUAAGUAAUGGAAAUGAACAUUCAAUGCCAGAAGCUGGACCGGAUAAGUUAGAAAUAAUAAACUCAACUUCUGGAAUACGCACUAUACCUGAUAUCAACGGCAAAUUGGAAAAUUUUUUAAGGUAUAGAUACAAGUGUGCUAUCAUUGACGAUGGGGCUGCCACCGAUUAUAACUAUACUCUCGAAGAAUACAAUUCCAUAAUGAAGCAACAAGAGGAUUUGGUGCGCAAGAUAUAUCAAAAGGUUAUGAUUGAAAAGAGCCUCGAACUAAAUGGAGACAAAGUAGAAAGGCGCAAAGUAGUUUUGCCCCAUUCAUCUAAUCUCAAGCAAGUCUCCGAUCCAUUUAGGUCAAAUGGAUCAGUAAAUCCUAAGCAUCCUGGUGGACAAAAUAAUGUCACUUAUUAUGAUCAUUUUUUGAACCAGGCUAUUACAGUUUCAAAAAUACGCCAACAAAUGAGACGACUGCAUUACAUGAAGACCAAGAAAAUAGCACAAAUGAUUGAGCUGUAUUUUAAAAAGAAGAAAGGAGAAAAGGAAAGAAUAGAGAGAGAAAGGGCGCAGAACUUGAAGCGAAUGAGUCGACUUGCUGCUCUGGCGGUCAAGAAGAGAUGGAUACAGGCUACUAAGGUGUAUCGAUAUUUACAGUUACAGAAAGAGGAUGAACUCAAGCAAAUACGAGGAAGAGAGCAUUUGAGCCAAAUGAUAGAACAUUCGACACAGUUGUUAGAGGCUCAGUUAACAAACCGGGGUUCUGAAGGUUUGGAUUCUGACCAUGCUGAACUGUUGAGUGAUGAUAGCGAUCUCAAUUCUGAUGGUAAUUUUACAUCAAGUACAUCGGAGUCAGAAGAGAACAUCGCAAAUAAGGAUCUGGAGCUAACAGUGGAGGAAUUGAAUAAAAAGUAUGCUCAUUUGUUAGAUAAUUCAAUCCAAGAUUCUCGAUCAAAGAUUGAUCAAAACGAGAAUGAAGGCAACCAUGAGCCUUUGAACAUAGGAUUAAAAGCAUUAUAUGAUGUGGUGGAGCCAAGUGAUGAAUUGUCAACGAACACGGAUUAUACAGAAAAAGAGAAGGAAAGAAUCAACGAAUUGAAGAUGGAUAAGAGGGAUAAUCUGAUGGGCUUAAGUGAGAGUCUGGAUCUGCAUGAUAGCGAGGUCUCUGAAAAUAACGAAGUUAAGGUUGAGAAAAGGGAUUCUUUAAACAACGGCAAAGUGUCAAAAUUGGCUUCUUUGUUUAAUUCAGAACACCUGGAUAAUGACGCUUCUCAGAGCUAUAGUUCUAGUGCAGAGGCAGAUUCUGAUGAUGAAAUCUUUUCGACAACGGAUGAAGACGAUGAACCGAAAACUCCGAAGUCUGUAACUUCACCUUUCGACAAAACGAAAAAUGAUCAAGUGGUAAAGGAGGAAGAGAUCAAUGGCUCUAAAGUUCAAGAUGUUCCAAUUCCGUUUUUGCUAAGAGGUACCUUAAGACCAUACCAAAAACAAGGACUAAACUGGUUAGCGAGUUUAUAUAACAAUGGUACGAAUGGUAUAUUAGCUGAUGAAAUGGGAUUAGGUAAAACUUUACAGACUAUCUCAUUGUUGGCUUAUUUAGCUUGUGAGCAUCAUAUUUGGGGUCCUCAUUUAAUCAUAGUUCCCACUUCUGUAAUGUUGAAUUGGGAAAUGGAAUUUAAAAAGUUUGCACCUGGGUUCAAGGUCCUCACAUAUUAUGGGUCUCCUCAACAAAGGGCACAGAAAAGGAAAGGCUGGAACAAGCCUGAUGCAUUUCAUGUUUGUAUCACCUCCUAUCAACUAGUAGUGCAUGAUCAACUGUCCUUUAAAAGAAGAAGAUGGAAGUACAUGAUUCUAGAUGAGGCCCAUAAUAUUAAAAACUUUAGAUCUAAUCGGUGGAGAGCUCUCUUGAAUUUUAAUACCGAAAAUCGUCUAUUACUAACGGGGACGCCUUUACAGAACAAUUUAAUUGAACUUUGGUCCUUAUUGUAUUUCUUAAUGCCUUCAUCGAAAGCAAACCAAGCGAUGCCCGAUGCGUUUGCGAAUUUGGAUGACUUUCAAACGUGGUUUGGACGUCCUGUGGACAAAAUUCUUGAACAAACUGGAAGUAAUGAACUUAUGGAUGGUAAAGGUUCUACCACUACGAUGGACCAAGAAACUAGGAAUACAGUUUCUCGUCUACAUCAAGUUUUGAGACCUUUCUUACUACGAAGAUUAAAAAAAGAUGUAGAAAAGCAAAUGCCAGGAAAGUUCGAGCACAUUGUAUAUUGUCGGUUGUCUAAAAGGCAACGGUUUCUAUAUGAUGAUUUCAUGUCUCGGGCUAAGACCAAAGAAACCCUCUCUUCAGGAAACUUCUUGUCAAUUAUCAACUGUCUCAUGCAAUUAAGGAAGGUAUGCAAUCACCCAGAUCUCUUUGAAGUGCGGCCUAUUGUGACUUCUUAUGCAAUGCCGAAGUCGGUUGUCAGCUCAUUUAACUCGACAGAUGCUAUUGUCAGAAGGUAUAUUAAUGAUAACUCAUUUAAGAAUGAAGUUAACAUGGAUGUUUUAAAUUUAGAUAUUGUAAAUUUGGACAGCAUGAACUACUUUGUUGCGGAAUCAAUCAAUAGAUUGAAAUCUUCAUCAAGCUUGGAAGAACAGAAGAGCAAAUUAAACUCUCUCAUUGAGUCAAGUAUGGACGAUAGCAAAUCGGGCCCUCUAUGCCUAGAUUACUAUAAAAUGGUUAAGAGACAAAAGCAGGAAGAGACCAAAGACAAAUUAGAACAUUUCAUAUAUUUAAACAAUUUAAGGUGUGGUAGAUCUCCAAUUUUCGGAUGCUCAUUAUUGAACAAGCUUAAGUCAGCUACGGCCUCGAAGUGUCGAACCACGAGUGCAUAUAUUGAUAUUGUUCCUACCUUAUUCAAAUUAGUGGAACGAAUGACUGAUACGAUUGAAAAGUUUUCUGUUAUUACACCUGCAGUGGUUGCUUUGGAUAUGAAAGAUCAACUUAUUCCAAUUUCGACACAAUACAAAAUUCGGCAGGAGACUUUAAAAAACAAUAUUGACAACCCUUUUCAUAAAUCACAAGUGAAAUUGUCAAUUGCGUUUCCAGAUAAGUCUCUACUUCAAUACGAUUGCGGGAAGCUUCAAAGAUUAGCUACCUUGUUGCAAGAUUUGACUUCUAAAGGUCAUAGAGCUUUAAUUUUCACUCAAAUGACGAAGGUGUUGGAUGUCUUGGAACAAUUUUUGAAUAUUCAUGGUUAUAGAUAUAUGAGAUUAGAUGGUGCUACCAAAAUUGAUGAUCGUCAAAUGUUGACUGAAAGAUUUAAUAGAGACAAUAAGAUUCCAGUCUUUAUUUUAUCAACCAGGUCAGGAGGUUUAGGAAUCAAUUUGACUGGUGCAGAUACUGUGAUAUUUUACGAUUCUGAUUGGAAUCCUGCGAUGGAUAAGCAGUGUCAAGACAGAUGUCAUAGGAUUGGGCAAAGUAGAGAAGUGCACAUAUAUCGUUUUGUGUCUGAGUACACUAUUGAGUCAAAUAUACUUAAAAAAGCAAACCAGAAGAGGCAAUUAGAUAAUGUCGUUAUCCAAGAAGGUGAAUUUACGACUGACUAUUUUGGAAAACUUUCUUUGAAAGAUUUAGUUAAUGAUUCAAACAUUGUGGAGGAUGUUAGCGAUCGACCCAUUGCUCCUGAAGGAAACGUCGAAAAUGCUUUGGCACAGGCUGAAGAUGAAGAUGACCGAGCAGCUGCAAGCGAAGCUUUGAAAGAAUCGGUCUUGGAUAAUGAAGACUUCAAUGAGGAAAGUAAUUCGGCUACUGCAGAAGGUUCCCCUUUUCAAACACCCGCGCCUCCAGAAACCACUUCACAAAUUUCUAUCAAUGGUAGCAACGUAGAAGAUGAAGAUUUCGAAGAAGGUGUAGGUCAUGUUGAUGAAUACAUGCUCCGGUUUAUUGCCGAAGGCUACUUUUGGGAGUAA